ACCAGCUGGAGUGUAUCAGUAAUUACUGUAUGUAAUGUCAGAAUUAAUUUGACUUGGAUACUUUCCAUAACCAUGAGGGGCAGUCAUAUAUGGAGCUUCACUGGCAUUUCCAUCAUGUUAAUAUUAACAUCUGGAGCACUGGCAGGUCAACUUCUUUACAACCUGGCACUGAAAAAAACAGCUGUCCAGUCUUCAACCAGUGGCCCCUUGGGUACUGCUGGUAGAGCAGUUGAUGGAAACAGAGAUGCAAGCUAUCAAAGAGGGUCUUGCACACUUACUAAUGGACAAUCUAAUCCCUGGUGGAGAGUAGACCUGGUAAAUGUGUAUACAAUUGGAGCUGUAAUGAUAACCAAUAGAGAUGAAAUGGAAAACAGGCUGGAUGGUGCAGAAAUCUGGAUUGGAAAUUCAACAACAAUCAUUAACUCUAAAAGCAUCAGGUGUGCUGUCAUCUCUCACAUUCCCAAGGGACAAGCAUUUUACUUUCCAUGUAACUCUGUGAAGGGACGCUACGUCACUGUGUUCCUACCAGGAAGUGCGAAGGCCCUAAAUCUCUGUGAGGUUGAAGUGUACUACGGAUACCCAUUACCCAAUGUGGCACUCAAAGGAGAACCUACCCAGUCAUCUACACUCUCUUUUGCCACGGCGUCCAAAGCCGUCGAUGGCAGACGGAACUCGUUCUAUAGCAAUGGGUUCUGUAGCCACACCGCUGAAGACGAGACCAACCCCUGGUGGAGGGUGGACCUGCAGCGAAGCUUUACAGUCACUGCUGUAAAAGUCACCAACAGAGGAGACUGCUGUGCUGAAAGACUGGAUGGAGCUGAGAUCAGAAUAGGAAACUCACUGGAGAACAAUGGAAACAAUAAUCCCAGGUGUGCUUCCAUCUCACAUAUCAAUGCGGGUAAAACCUACACAUACCAGUGUGAUGGAGGCAGCAUGGAGGGUCGCUUUGUGAACGUGUUUCUUCCUGGACAGAAGAAGACUCUCACCCUGUGUGAAGUGGAGGUGUAUGCUGCCCCAGCAGUGGAGCCACUUCAAAACGUUGCCUUAAACAGAGAAACAGUGCAGUCAUCCGUUAGUGCAGCAUAUGGGCCUUCAAAAGGUGUCGAUGGAUGCAGAAAUGGAAACUUGGUGGCAGAAUGCUGUACACAUACUUUAGAAGACCUGGGUCCCUGGUGGAGAGUAGACUUGCUGGCUGUCUAUAAAGUCAGUGCUGUCACCAUCAUCAACAGACAAGAUGGUUAUACAGAAAGGAUUCUUGGGGCACAGAUCUUGAUUGGGAACUCGCUGGAACAAAAUGGUACACAAAACCCCAGUUGUGGCAUGAUCAAAUCAUUAGCAGGUACACCAACAUACACAUUCCAGUGUAAUGAAAUGGAAGGUCGCUACAUCAAUGUGAUCAUACCAGGAAUUAAGAGAUAUAUGACCCUGUGUGAAGUGGAAGUGUUUGCUUCUCUAUGUGUGCCAGACGUUGUCAUUCCUCCACCUCCUCCCACACCUCCUCCGCCUGUGAGUUUGCAGCUUGGUGGCAGGAACGUGACGGUGGUGGGAGAGAGGCUCUGCUGGUCUGAUGCUCUGAUGUACUGUAGACGUUAUUACUGGGACCUGCUCAGCCUUCACAGCCAACAGGAGCAAAGCGAGUUGGAGCAGCUGCUGGGCCUCAUUCCUUUCUCCCUCACAGACCACGUCUGGCUGGGACUGCGCAGAUCCCUCAGAGGAGACGAGUGGUUCUGGAUGUCCGGAUAUUCCAUGAAUUUCUUAAAUUGGCCACAAGAUUUUGUUCCUGACAGCUACUCCAGCACCUGUGGAGGCGUGGCCAGCACAGAGAACUUCCUCUGGCAGGACCAGCCCUGUGAGGAGAACCUCAACUUCAUCUGCCAAUCAGGUGCUGAUGAUGCUGUGCAGAGAGUUUAUUUCUCCAGCACCAAGGAUCCAACAAGUCCAUAGUAAAGGAGAUGACACAGUAUAAACUGUGAUGCAUGGUUUUUGUUAGAAAUAGUUACGACUUAAAACCUUUUUGUACUCCUUUAAAUUCUGGCAAAAAUUCAGUAAAUGCAUAAAACACUGUUUACAAACACUAUACAAACACUGCUGUAUGGUUUGUAGUAUUGCUUAUGGGAAUUAUUAUAUUUAUAUUUAUAAAAAGCACGUGAGCUUAUUCCUUUGCAUUAUAUAUAGCAAUAAAUGCCUGCAAUAACUAGGUCUUAAGUUAUAGUAUAGUACACUAUAGUAUCUGUAGUAUAGACCAAAGUGAUGAACUUACUCUUAUUUUCUCUUCUAUAAUCACCUGGGUUGGAAAAAAGUUUAAUGAGCUGUUGUGUUGUGUGAUAAAGAUUAGUUUGUGACAAAAUGUAAUG